AUGCAGCAAAAGAUUGUCAUUAAGGUUCUUAUGCACUGCCCCAAGUGCCGCACCAAAGCUAUGAAAAUUGCUGUCACCAUGCAUGGAGUUGAAUCCGCGGAGCUAACGGGAGAGGAAAACGAUCAUGUCGUGGUCAUAGGAGUCGGAAUAGAUUCGGUGGAGCUGACGAGGCAGCUGAGGAAGAAAGUAGCCUAUGCUGAGCUGGUCAGCGUGGGAGAGAACAAGAAAAAGCCCAGCUGUCCGUCGGUUAUUGGUUUUCCUCCGCAACCUUAUUACAGCUAUCCUCAUUACCAUGUUUGUGAAGAGAGAGAUCCUUUUUGCACCAUCAUGUGA